AUGUACAAGGUGUGUUUAUUGGUUGUGUUUUUGGCCAUGUCGUCGGCCAUGGGUAGACAUUUUCCUAAGAAAAGUUUAUUAGAUAAACGACUGUUAGAAAGUGAAAAUUUUAAGCAUUUGUCACGACAUGUCUUCAGAAGAUUAAUUACCAAUAAUUCAAGCAUUAUAUUGGUGAAAAAUAUGAAGAAUUUAAAGAGACCAAAUGGUGAAAUCACCUUCAAUUCUGAAAACAGCGUAAGUGUACCUAUAUUACCGAAAAAUACCGAAAUGUUAAAGGAAAGAUCAGAAAAUCCACAAAAAAUCAAGAAAAUUUUAAAACAAGUAGCAAGUUUGAAUAAGAAACAUGGUAAAAGGGUGUAUAGGUUUGUUACAAUCCCCACGAAUUUUAAACGAGUGAGUGUUGAAGACGUCAGAAUACGAAAAAACAAUAUGGUAAAUAGACCAAACCAUUCUAAAUCGCACAGAAGAGUUAUUUCCAAAAGAAAUAAAAAGCAUAUCAAGAAAGUUAACAAGUUAGGUAAACUUAACUCAGGGAAUACGAGAAAGCAUCAAGUUCAAAUAAAAAGAACUAAAAAAGCCAUUAAAUCUAAAAGAAGGAUUCGAAAACACAAAAAAGGUAAAAGAGUGUACAGAUUCAUCCAUUCAAGAAAGAAUGAUAAAUUAACAAGAAUCUCAGACACAACCAUGGCAAGAAGUACACAUACUACUAUGAAAACUACCACCAGCAUGUUCCCUGAAACCACCACCGAAUCUUUCCAAGAGCCUGGAAGAAAACACAAUAAAAGAGGGUCCGAGAUCACGAAAUCUUGUGGUAAUAUCAUGCAUGGUGUAUGGUUUAAAAAUCAGUGUAAUAUUUGUCGAUGUUUUAAUGGUUUAUUUCAUUGUUUACCAUCCGUAUCUCAAGGUUGUGAUCAAAGACAGAACGCCGAAUACGAUCGAUAUUUUUUGUAUCCAAUUGUCAGUGGAAUGAAUCCUGAUUUCGAAACCCCCCAAUUUGAGCUUCCGUUGUCAUCCGCAAUCACAAUCCGGUCGCCAAUAACGUUAGCUCUGUGUGUUAUACUUUCUGUUUUAAGUGCAUACUGUAAUUUAUAUCUUUGGUAA